CGCGCGGGCGCAGAGCCGCCAUGGAGGCCUCGGCGGGCGGCGGCGGCGCCGGGCCCGGGCGGCGCUGGUAUUUCAGCCGCGAGCAGCUGGAGCGGAGCCCAUCCCGCCGCGCCGGCCUGGACCCCGACAAGGAGCUCUCGUACCGGCAGCAGGCGGCUAACCUGCUGCAGGACAUGGGGCAGCGCCUCAACGUCUCCCAGCUCACCAUCAACACAGCCAUCGUGUACAUGCAUCGCUUCUACAUGGUGCAAUCCUUCACCCAGUUCCACAGGAAUUCUGUGGUGCCAGCAGCUCUUUUCCUGGCAGCCAAGGUGGAGGAGCAGCCAAGGAAGCUGGAGCACGUCAUCAAGGUGGCACAUGCCUGUCUGCACCCCCAGGAGCCUCUGCUGGACACCAAGAGUGAGGCUUACCUGCAGCAAGCCCAGGACCUGGUCAUUCUAGAGAGCAUAAUCCUACAGACCCUGGGCUUUGAGAUCACCAUUGACCAUCCUCACACCCAUGUGGUGAAGUGCACCCAGCUUGUCCGAGCCAGCAAGGACUUGGCACAAACUUCCUAUUUCAUGGCUACAAACAGCCUGCACCUGACCACCUUCAGCCUGCAGUACACCCCUCCCGUUGUGGCCUGCGUCUGCAUCCACCUGGCCUGUAAAUGGUCCAACUGGGAGAUCCCAGUCUCCACGGACGGCAAGCACUGGUGGGAGUACGUUGAUGGCACUGUAACUCUGGAGCUCUUAGAUGAACUGACUCAUGAAUUCCUGCAGAUCCUUGAGAAAACUCCCAGCCGGCUGAAACGGAUCCGCAACUGGCGGGCCUCUCAAGCAGCCAGGAAAUCCAAAACCGACGAGCACGGCGAUGACGAGAACCUGUCGGAGCAGACAAUCCUCAACAUGAUCUCCAGGAACAACAGCUCGGACAUGAACAUCGCCGGCCUCAUGAGCAUGUCCACGUCCUCCACGGCCGCCGCGGGGCCGCCUCUCCCGGCCUCCACCGAUUCCCCCGGCGAGCCGAGCGCCGCCGACCCAUCCCAGGCCGAUCAUUGGCACCCCCCGGCCAAGCUGGACAUCCACAGGACUAACGAGGCCACGUCAGGCUCUGAGCACCAGCAGCAGGAUGGUGCUGCUGCUUCCUACCCCAAGCAGAGCACCAAGAACGCGCCCUCGGCCAAGGUGUCCCUCAAGGAGUACCGGGCCAAGCACGCCGAGGAAUUGGCGGCGCAGAAGCGGCAGCUGGAGAAUAUGGAGGCAAACGUGCGCUCCCAAUACGCCUACGCCGCUCAAAACCUCCUGGUGCAGCAGCAGAGGGAGAGGGAAGGGCAGCAGGACAGCAACCCCUCCCCAAUCGUGCUGAAAAUCCCCAGCGCGGGGCAGGAGAACCCAGGCGGCGCCGACAAGGCUGACAAAGCUCUCAAGAUGAGGAUCCCGGCGGUGGCGGGAGGCGGGGACAGGGACAGGCCCGUCCCCUCCAAGCAGGAGGACAUCAAGAUGCGGCUCAAGGUGCCGGCUCCCGGAGACAGACACAGCUCUGCCGAUGAGAGCAGCAGCAGCAGCAGCGGCAAGAGCAGGGAGUACAAAGAGAAGCACAAGGGCCACUCAUCCAACCACCACCACCACCACCACAACCACCACUCGCACAAACACUUGCACGCCCAGCUCGGCGCCGGCCCCAGCACCGCGCCCAAACGCCCGGGGGACUCCAAACACGGCGCCCAAGCCGGCGCUGCCGCCGCCCCCCACAAGGGCUACGGGCCCCUGGCACCCACCCGCAAAAGACCCCUGCCCGAGGAGCCCCCGGCCAUGCCCCACGAGCACCAGCCCAAGGUGGGCAAAGUCUCCAAAGGGCCCGGAGUGCCGUUCCCGUACGCCCACCUGGCCGGGGCUGCCCACCUGGCCGGGCACAGCUCGGAUUUAGCGCAGCCCAGCAAAGCUCGGGGCGCUCACAAAUCGGACAAGGGGCCCUCGGGGGCCAACGGGCACAACGUCAGCCAGGCCAGUGACUAUCAGGACACGGUGAACAUGCUGCACUCGCUGCUGAGCGCUCAGGGCAUGCAGCCCACGCAGCCCCCAGCCUUCGAGUUCCACUCGUACGAGCUCCUGAACCCCCGGGCUUCCAGCGGCUCCAGAGCUGCCAGCAACACGGACAAGCCCCGACCGCCCCCUCUGCCCUCGGAACCGCCCCCUCCGCUGCCUCCCCUCCCCAAAUAACCCCUCCCCCUUUUUACUACUGAGUCCAGAGCCCGAGCCCGAACCCUGCGGGGCUUUUCUAAGGGCUUUUUGAUCUCCACUGCCUCACGAAGAACUUAUUUUAUUAUAAUAUAACUUUUAUUAUUGAUAUUUAGUUGUUAAAAGCUGUGAAAGGAUAAGGAACCCUUUCUCUAUUCCCCCCUUUUUUCCCCCAUAGGCUCCCAGUUAGUGUUGGGCUUUGACCCCCCCAUCUGGGGAACAUGGGGGAUAUUUAAAAUAUGUCACAGAAAAUUUAAGAUGUUUUACAAAUAAUUUAAGCAUUAACUUAUAUCUCAGUGGUUUGGUUCCUUUUAAUUUCGAGGGGCUGUGGCAGAGCCUGGGGGGGACUUUUGGGGGAGGUUCCAUUUGAGGCAUUGGUGUUGAGUUUUUGGGGUGAUGGAGGGAUGGGAGCUGGGUUGUGUUUCCUUGCCCCUGCACCUGUUCUGCUUUGAGAUUCUGUCUCCAUCCCUUGCUCCCUUCCUGCAGAUCCCUGGAUUUCCUCUGGAAAAAUCCAGGAUUCCCACUGAGAUGAGAAAGUGCCAGGCUGGUCCUGUAGGCACCAUGCCCGGGGCAGCCCUUCAGGGAGUCAAUUGGCACAUGGCUGUGCCCAGCUGAGCUGGAAGCAGCUCCUGAAACCUCAGCCCAGGGCCAGGGGACCUGCCAGGGUUUGGGUUGAGUAUUUGAGGAAAAAAGCCCUAUUUCCUUUCUUUUUUAGACUUGACUUUUCUGACCUUCAAUAAAUGGGUGGUCUCUGGA